AUGCCAAAUUAUCAUCAUCACCUUAGGGACGAAAUAUACCCCACACCAACGUUGCCAUUGCUUUAUGAACGAUCGUCCUCAAAAUCCUCAGAUGCAAGUGAAAGCUCGAGCAGCAGUUCCGACUACUGUGACGAGAGUCCCAAUGCUAGCAUGUGUCAGAAACCAGUGAGUAAUAAUGCAUUGACGAUUGCAUUAUCCAUCGUGUUGCCUUGUAUUGCCAUAUUUUGUGUGCUUGGAUUCUUUCUUUACAGAAACUAUAGAAAGGACAAAAAAGAAGGAUUGGAACAUGACCCCGACUUUUAUGAGACUGGUGAAGCCACGGCAUUACCUGAUUACCCUGACUCCAAGGGUGCUUAUGGUCAUGAAGAUCCAUUCCAUAACAGAAACUCUGUAAGAUACCCCAUGGAUCAGAUCAAUCAGGACUCAAUGCCAUUUAACGACGAUGGAAGAGGUAAAGGCUACUACAAACAAAACUAUCAUCACCAACAAGUGCUGAGAGACCCAUAUUUAGACAGUUUUGUUUUGCCCUAUCAGCACCAAACAGGCUCUAAAUUAUCUCUAGAUGAUUAUGCCAAGAACUUGGGUGAUCUGCAAGGCUAUAGAACUCCAAAUGAUUUACAAUCGAGAACAAGAACCAACUCAAUGACUUUGGACAAGGCUACAGAAGCAGUGGGAGUGGCAGGGGGAACUAUUGCUACUGCUACUGCUACUACCACCGCUAAUGCAAACACCGCUGGAUCUAGUACUGGGGUGGUUGGUGCUCUGUCUUAUACACAUUCAAGGAAACCAUCUUCGCUAAUUAGUCCUACAAAGAAAGUCCAGGGUAAGCAAUACACAGGUGUGCCAGAUGAACAUGACCAUGAAGAAGUUGCAAGCGCCAACCCUGAGGUUUCUACAGUUAUGGAAAGCUCAGAUGAUAGCGAAAUCAACUCUCCACAUGACAAAGAUGCCUUUGGAAUCGAAUAUGAAAACGAAUCGAAUAUGGCCAUCAACAAUACCAUCCCACAAAUAGUAGUACACGACGAAAGUGCAAGUGAGCAUGAAAAUGAAGAUACCCAAGAGUCAAGACCAACUUCGCCAUUUGAUGACGACGAUGAUACGGAAAGAAACCCUCAGACUAUGGAUACCAUUGUGACCUCAGUGCCAGAAGAUUCUCACAAGACUAAUGUUCACCACUCAGAAAAAGAGGAUCAAGACGGAGAGUUUAACUUUUCUAAUCAGUAUGAAGCUCAGAGCAAGGAUACCCCAAGUGAAUCCAUUACAAACUCUAGUGAUGGCGAUAAGUUGCGAGUGGCUGAGAAACCUAUUAGUAAAUCUCCAAGAAUUUCUGCAUUCAAUUUGCUAAAGAAUGAUAGCGAUGACGAAGGCGAAGCAGAAGACGACGAAGAAAUGGACGCCUUGUCGCCACAACAACAAGAGGAAUUAAGAAGAAUGAAGUCGGUCUAUAAGGUGUAUUUUGAUCGGGAAGUAGUUAGUGGUGAUCACUCGAAUUUCGAAGCUGAGGAGGACCAAUCAUUACCGGUUGAUAAUGUGAAUAGUCAUAUGCAAGUUGAUACGAGUUAUGGAAACAGGUAUAGUACAGGAUCAUCCGUUUACGUUGACCCAGAACAACUAGAGCCAUCUGACGAACAACAACAACAACAACAACAACAGCAGCAGCAGCAGCAGCAAUAUCAACAACAACAACAACAUUACUACGACCAAUUCAACCAACAAUACCAACAACAGUUUGGCUCACCAGUGGACCCUCAAUUAUAUCGCCAAAUCCAACAACAGCAAUAUCAUUACUAUCAACAACAGCAAAUGCAAAUGCAGCAACGACGCCAACAGCAACAGCCACAACGUCCUUUACCUCCAUUACAACAAUUGCGUCAUCCGUCUGAUUUGAGGAAAUCCACCAUUCAAACAUUUACUGAUUUCAAGCCCCGUCAUAAGAAUCAGAAUGUGACGUCGCCACCCAUGGGUAAGCAACCAUUUGUUCCUAUUGAAAGUGAUGGUGUGUGGACAUCACCCAUCAGCUCUCCAGCAAUGCAAUCCCAAGCAUCAUUCCAAUCUCAACAACAACAACAACAACAACUAAGUCAAAAUGGACAACAGGAUUAUUUUUCUCAGCAAAAUUACGCGCCACAACAACAAAUGCAUCAUCAUCCACAACAACAACAACAACAACAGCAGCAGCAACCUCAUGUCAAAGCAGUACCAUCAGCAACUCAAUUGUCCAGAUCUUCUGUUGUUAUGUUGAAUCCUGUCACCGAGAUUACCAAAUCGAGAAAAUUCAAACCUGCUGGCUCAUAUCCUUCAAAUGCUAACCUCCAUGCUCAAUUCGGUCAUGGCGACUUGAAUGGACCCGAAAAUGACUUGUUACCAGGAAAUAGAAAGAGUGAUGUUAGAAGAAUGAUGAACUCUAAUUUCUAG